UUGAUUGUACUUACUAAUUCCAACCGCUGCAACGACGGAAAAACAGGCAAGAAGAAAAAAAACAUUAAAGAGAACACCAAUAAGCCCAAAAAACCGAAAAAAUUCGUUCGUUACACUGAAAGAGAUGAACCGUGUGCAUUACGCGACGAAGUCCAAACGCUUCAAACAAUGUUAGCGGUAUCGACGUCUACUGCUGGCGAAUCUAUCAACGGUGUGAAAGAUGUAUCGUGUCUAGUCAGUUUGGAGCAUUUCAAUAUCAUCUUUAGCAUAGGAGUGGAGUAUAUGCAUGCAGUUCUGCUUGGAGUUACAAAACGUUGUUUGAAUUACUUCUGCAACCCAAACAACAACUCCAAAACAUAUUAUAUUCCACCGAAGAGUCGAGCAUUACUAAAUGCGAGACUUUUGGCUAUCAAACCGACGAGCAAUAUUACUCGCAAACCGCGAUCCCUCGACCAAAGAAAAAAUUUUAAGGCCAGUGAGUUUCGAUCGCUGUUGUUGUAUUAUCUACCAGUAUGCUUACCCGGUCUCGUAUCAAAUGAGUACGUUCAUCACAUACGCAUUUUAUCAGCAGCAGUUUACAAAUUACUGAAAGCCGACAUCCCGUACAAGGAAGUGGAUCAGGCGGAAAAUUAUUUGCUCCAAUUCGUGAAAGAUCAUCAACAGUUAUUUGGCAAGGAAAAUAUGGUGAUGGUCAUUCACUUGCUGAAACACUUGUCGAACAGCGUCCGACAAUUGGGACCUUUAUGGUGCCAUUCUGCUUUUUCGUUUGAGCGAAAUAAUGGAUGUUUGCUGAAGCUGGUGAACGGAACGACUGAUGUGCUUGAUCAGAUGUCGAGCAAGUAUACUUUAUCAAAAUCGGUUCCGAGAAUUUUCAAGCAAAAAAAAUUUUGUCGUGGAAAGCCGGUUAUCAUCGUGGAGACACAUUUGGAACUCCAAUGUAUCGAAUCAUUGGAACGUUUCGAUUUAUCAAACAAGUCAAUCAGUGCAUUCAAACGAAUCAAGCUAGACAACGUAAUCUAUACUAGUUUGUUGUACACACGGCCGAAAAAGACAAUCGACUAUUUCAUUGGACUGAAAGAUGGAGUGAGCAUUGGAAUGGUAAAAUUUUAUUUUGAACUGAAUCACAAAAUGUGUGUGUUGAUCGAACAAUUCGAAGUCGUGGACUAUAUUUACCACAUCGAAAAAGUUAUCAAGUCUAACAAACUUAUUUUGGCACCCGUAGAGAACAUUGCGAAAAAAUUCAUUUUCAUGAAAGUUGGUCUCAAUCAGUAUAUUGUUACGCCUCCGAAUCCUUAUGAAAACGAGUAAUUUACCGACAAGAACAAUGUAAAGAUUAAUUUGUUACUCUGCACUGUAUGAAUUG